AUGACUGGGGACGAUUGUUCGAAUGCUGGGGCUAUGAUGAUUGUGGUGACUGUCAUCGAAGUAAAGGCCAUUGCGGGUGGUGUGCGAUUUCUUGCAAAGUGUAUCAAGUGGGUUGGCUUUGGGGCAAAGGCAAGUAGAGGCGGCUACGCGCUCUAUGAGGAUGGAACGGAAGAGGUAUGGGUGAGAAGAGGCGAAAGUUGGGGGAAGUGGUGGCGAAGAGUAAAUGGCGAGCAAAAAGAAUUCGAGGUUGAAGAGGUAGAUGGAGGGACGCAUAAGAGAGGCUUCUUCUGGUGGAAUACGAGGGAUGCAGAGAGAAGGCCGUUGCUUGAGUGA